AUGCCUCUUAUUACUCCUGAAUUUUUAAUUGAAUAAGAUGAAAAGCACAUCAUAAUAAAACUUAGAUUACCAUAUGUUAAACCUACCAAAUCAGAAUUCAGUAUGAUUGGUAAACAAUUUAGUUUUUUUCUAAAGCCUUACUUACUUUAAUUAACCUUUAAUGAAUUUCUAAAAGAUUCAGAAUAACCAUCAAAAGCAGUAUAUGAUCCAGAAACAUAUAGUCUAAAAGUUUAUUUAGAAAAAUUGAAUUUAGGAGAAAAUUUUACUUAACUUGAUAUGAUUGGACUCCUUAUGAAUAAAAAAUCAAAAAAAAAUAAAUAAUUUUAAGGACGAUUAAUAUAGGUUAUUGAAAGUACAAACAAUAAAAAUGAUAUAAAAAAUAAUGAUGAUAAUGAAGAAAACCAAUAAUAAGGAUAUGUAAACCCUUUUUGUUAUGGAUUCAAUAAUCAAUAUACAGAUGUUUUUGAUGAUUUAGAGGAAGAAUUAUAUGAAAUAGCCAUACUAGAUCCUAAAUAGAUUUCUCAAGAAAAUAGAAAAGAGAUUGCACUCUAAGUAAUUUUAAAAGAAUUUGACAAAGAUGCUUAUCUGUUUGAUUUAUUAGAAAAUGAAUAAGUUGAUGAAAUAUUAAUUUAUGAAUUCUAAAUUCAAAAUUAAUUCACUAUAGAAGAAAUUAAUAAAAUAAGCAAAUUUGGAAAACGAGAAUAUCUAAUAGAAAAUAAAGAAUAAUGUAUUUUAGGAAUUUUAGAUAUUUUAUUUGCAUUUUUAUAUGAGAAUAAUUUGUUUUAAGGAGAUUUAAAUUAAGAAUCUGCAAUAACUAUUAAUCAAUUAAGUUCUUAAUUUUCAGCGUUUUAUAUAGAAAAUAGUUUAGAAAAUGUUUUGAUUAAUAAUUAUUAAAGAGCUCUAACCUUUCCAAUGAUUAGAAGUUUUGAAAUUUGUGUUAAGACUAAAAACCUUUUGAUUGAGGUUCUAAGAAAUAAAAUUUAAAUAAUUAAAAUCUUGCUUGCAGUAGAAAGUUUAUUUUCAAAGGCAAAGCCUCGAAAUUAUUUAAAUUUAAUUUAUCUUUAAGAUUAUAUUGUUUGGGCAUAAAGCCUAUAAGAAGAUGAUUUAAAAGAUUUAUCAAAGAAAAUAAAUAAAUUAAAAAUAGAUAAAUCUUAGCUCUAAUUGAAUAUUCCUAUAAUUGAAAAUGAGGCAAUGUAAUAAUUUUAAGAAUGA